GUAUCGACGGUCUACAUCUACGCGCUGUAAGCAAUUUUGCCUUCUCUUUGUCAAAAUCUGACUUCCGAUUCUCAUGUUUUGUUCGGACUUCUGGAAUUUGCCAUCCCGGCUUUACAGCGAGUUAGUUGGCCGCUUCGCUUCGCCAAAAGUGUUUCGGACAACCGAAUUCUGAUCUGGGAGGGAGGGCUCGAGUACGUCGUGUUGUCUUUCGUAGAAAACAACCUCCAUUUACCUAGCUAGCUAGCUGGCUAACAGCAACAGCCAGCUGAGUUGCAUCAAUCAGUCGUCGAGCAUGUUUCGAUUCAUCAAUGACGUCGAUGACGACCCCUACAUGCUGGAUCCCUUUGCCGCUCACCGGCAGCAGAUGAGGAGCAUGUUUGGACCGUUUGGCAUGGACCCUUUUGCACUAACACCACAGAUUCAACCACCUCGUGCGCCACGGCGACAGGCCGGUGCACUGACCCCGUUUGGCAUGAUGGGAAUGGGUGGAGGGUUCAUGGACAUGUUUGGCAUGAUGGGGGAAAUGAUGGAGAACAUGGAGAGGAUUUCUGGUUCGCCCAACUGCCAGACCUUCUCCUCCUCCACAGUGAUCUCCUACUCGUCCACAGAUGCUGGGACUCCAACAGUGUACCAGCAAACCCAUCAAACAAGACAUGGCCCGGGAGGGAUCCGCGAGACGCGUCAGUCCAUGCGAGACAGCGAAAGCGGCGUGGAGCGGCUCGCCAUUGGCCACCACAUUGGCGAACGCGCGCACAUCAUGGAGCGCUCGCGGAACCGUCGCACUGGCGACCGCGAGGAACGACAGGACUUCAUAAACCUGGAUGAGACUGAAGCCGAGGCGUUCGACGCAGAGUGGAGGACUCAGGCGGGGCGAUACGCUGCCCCCAGCACCCGGGGGCUAGACUACGCCCGAGACCGACGUGCCGGGGGCCAGCAGCUGGCUCUCACCGCACCACCCGGCUCCACGACCCCCCCAGGCCACCGGCACGACUCCCCCCGACACCAGCCGCCCCAGUCCCGCCCGCGUUAUGACUGGUGAGAGGAGUCACACCUGUAAACCUGACCCAAACGGGGCGAGUGGAUGAAACUUCACGGAUGCUGUGACCCACGUUGAUGAUCGUUCCAACUUCCUCGUUGUUUGCGUUGACCGGACUGUCGAUACAUAAACAUGAAACACCUCACAAACAAACCAACAACCCCACCCCCCACCCCACAGACCACUCUCACACACAGUUGAUAGUCUUAGAAUUAAUGCUCUGCACACUCACACUUGUACAAAAUACCCUCGCUUCCUCUUCAAGAUUUGGUGUGUGUUUGUGUCUUUGCCCACUAAAAGUGCUCAAACUAUACAGUGCAUCUGCUGUACAGUUCGUUUUAUGUUUGUGAAGACACACGAAUGUGUCUGAAUUGUAUACUGUUGACUAAUUAAAUUAGCUAGGUAGUUAAUUAAACAUUGCUAGAUAACUUCAGGCUGUGUCUCUUCUGUUACAAGCCCAGUUAAUGUUGAUGCUCCAAUUUUGUCAUAUCCAGCCUUCACCCGCUUUAAAUGGGUGAACAUCCACAAUAUAGAAAAAGCAGAAACAUUUUUGAAAUACUUUACUCCUCCCACAUGCUUUGAACACAUUUAAACUUAUUAAAUGUUGUAAAUGUAUGUGGACAGAAAAAGAAGUGUUAAAAUGUACAGGAAAUAGUGUACAUAUUGCAGUGUCUGUUAGAUACUUGCAUGUGCCUUUAAGAGGCGGGGCAUCCUUGGGUGACUGUGUAACUUUAGCGAGUGAGUGUCUGGGGAGAACUGCAGCAAAAGCAGCUUGUGUGAGUGUGCCUUGUGUUUUAUUGUUCUCCUGAUGAUAAUAAAGGGUUGGAAAAAUAAAA